AUGAAUACGAGUGAUUAUGAUAGUAAAAUAACUGAAAUUCUUUCGGAUAAUUCUGUCUAUAAAAAAGUUAACAAAGACCCGACCAGUAAAGUUUUAACGGAAACAAAAUUAUUAAUUAAUAAAUACAGUUCUAAACUCAAUCUGGAUAUCAAAUCACUCGUACCAUCGUGUUCAAAACCACCAAAAUUGUAUGGGUUACCUAAAAUCCAUAAACAAGAUGUUCCAUUACGGCCAAUUGUAAGCCAGAUUGAUUCACCAACAUAUAAACUGGCUAAAUUCCUUUCAAAGAUAUUAUCACCACUCCGGGGCCACACAAAGUCAUUUGUUAAGGAUUCCUACCAGUUUGUCAAUGACAUUAAACACCUAAAAUUGACAGACAAUGACAUUAUGGUCAGUUUCGAUGUACAGUCAUUAUUCACUAAUCUACCUGUUCUUGACUGCAUUGAGAUUGUAAGAGGUAAGUUAAAGGAUAAUAAGAUGCCUAUUGAAUAUGCAGAAUUGUUAAAGCAUUGCCUAACAUCUGGCUAUCUCAUGUGGAAGGAUGAAUUCUACAUACAAGUAGAUGGAGUAGCAAUGGGUUCGCCGGUUUCCCCCGUUGUCGCAGAUAUAUUCAUGGAAGACUUCGAGGUGCGAGCCCUUAGGUCUCCUACAAUAAGACCCUUAAUUUAUAAAUGCUAUGUAGAUGACACUUUCACAAUAUUAAAUAAAAACAAAACAUCUGCUUUCUUGAACCAUCUUAAUUCUAUCAAUAAUAAGAUCCAGUUUACUAUAGAAUUAGAGGCAAAUAAUUCUUUAGCUUUCCUUGAUAUACUAGUCAUCAGGAAUCCUGACAAUACUUUGGGACAUACUGUUUAUAGGAAACCCACACAUACGGAUAGGUAUCUCAAUGGUAAAUCACACCACCACCCUGUACAGUUAGCUACCAUUGGUAAAUCUUUGUUACAGAGAGCACAACACCUUUGUGAUGCUGACCACCUAGAGGCCGAGCUGCAGCAUGUAAGACGUGCUCUGACCAUCAACAACCUGCCCCUGCCUCGCCAGCACUGA